ACUCAGGCUGGCUAGGCCUCUGCCUUCUCAUUUCUAAAAGGAGAGAGGGAUUCAUUUAUUAUCCCUAAGACUUUCCUUCCGUGAAGAACGACUGCUCUUAGGUCGUAAGACACAUUUUUUUCUUUUUAAGUUUUAAAAAGAAGAUUUUAAAUUUUGCUGAAAUCGAUUUCUUGGAAAGUUUACCGAACUUGUCAGACGCUUUGGAGAUUCACUAAAACAAACGACGCCUCGUGCGCGUUUAAAGCAGUGCUAUUCUGGGGUACAAAGAUGUUCAGGGAAAUAACCUUAAACCUCUGUAGAUUCAACCACGUCUUGCAGUGAGCAACACAACCAAUGAGCGAUGCUUCUGGAAACAAAUCCGAAGAGUUGAACGGAGUCAUACGACUUCAGGAAAAUUCACAAGCCAGUUGAUUCCUCUUCCCUUUCUUGGGAAACUUGUCUCUGCAGAUGCAAAGGGGCGCUGGGUCCUCUGGAGGCGACAGCAAGCCGGGCGGGGCGGGUUCUCCAAUGCCUUCCCUCCCCACCUGCCGGCCGGAUUCCCUCUGCAGCUCUGUCUGAUAAGGAACUGCUUCUCCCCCACCCUCGCUCUCCUUCGCCCCGAGUAACGAUGCUGUCCUAGCGAGUGAUGCUGUCGGAGACUGGAGACCGGCGCGCAGGAGGCACCGCCGCCACCGCGGGGCCGGGGCGUCCUUCCCAGCGCCCGCGCCCGCGCCCGCGCCCCGCUCCGCCCCGGGCUUCUUCCUCGCAGCCACGGCCACCGCGGCUGCUCCCAGGGGUUGAUGGUGGGCGGCGGCGGCUCGGCUUCGUCUCUCGCCUCUAACUGCUCCAUCUCCGGCCGCGCCGCCCUCGCCUCCUGCCUUCCCGCCCUGCGCUGCCUGGAGCUGCGGGAGGUGGGGAAGGGGCGCUGCCCGGAGACCGCGCGGCCGCGGCGGUGGCGGAGGCCGGCGGCCGGCAUCCCCGCGCUCGGACCACAGCCGGCGCGAUGUCCACCAAGGUCAGGAAGUGCAAGGAGCAAGCGAGGGUGACCUUCCCAGCUCCGGAGGAGGAGGAGGAAGAGGGCGAGGACGAAGGCGCGGAGCCGCAGCGUCGUCGCCGGGGUUGGAGAGGCGUCAACGGGGGGCUGGAGCCGCGCUCGGCGCCCUUGCGGCGCGAGCCGCAUGGCUUCUGCCCGCCGCCUUUCUCCCCCGGGCCGGACCUGUCCAUGGAGGGAAGCCCAUCCCUGAGGCGCAUGACGGUGAUGCGGGAGAAGGGCCGGCGCCAGGCCGUGCGGGGCCCGGCCUUCAUGUUCAACGACCGCGGUACCAGCCUCACGGCCGAGGAGGAGCGCUUCCUCGACGCGGCCGAGUAUGGCAACAUCCCGGUGGUGCGCAAGAUGCUGGAGGAGUCCAAGACGCUGAACGUCAACUGCGUGGACUACAUGGGCCAGAACGCGCUGCAGCUGGCCGUGGGCAACGAGCAUCUGGAGGUGACCGAGCUGCUACUCAAGAAGGAGAACCUGGCGCGCAUCGGCGACGCCCUGCUGCUCGCCAUCAGCAAGGGCUACGUGCGCAUCGUAGAGGCCAUCCUCAACCACCCCGGCUUCGCGGCCAGCAAGCGCCUGACGCUGAGCCCCUGCGAGCAGGAGCUGCAGGACGACGACUUCUACGCGUACGACGAGGACGGCACGCGCUUCUCGCCCGACAUCACGCCCAUCAUCCUGGCGGCGCACUGCCAGAAGUACGAGGUGGUGCACAUGCUGCUGCUCAAGGGCGCCAGGAUCGAGCGGCCGCACGAUUACUUCUGCAAGUGCGGGGACUGCACCGAGAAGCAGAGGCAUGACUCCUUCAGCCACUCGCGCUCCAGGAUCAACGCCUACAAGGGGCUGGCCAGCCCGGCCUACUUGUCCUUGUCCAGCGAGGACCCGGUGCUCACGGCCCUGGAGCUCAGCAAUGAGCUGGCCAAACUGGCCAACAUCGAGAAGGAGUUCAAGAAUGACUACCGGAAGCUCUCCAUGCAAUGCAAAGACUUUGUGGUGGGCGUGCUGGAUCUCUGCCGAGACUCAGAAGAGGUUGAAGCCAUUCUGAAUGGAGAUCUGGAAUCGGCAGAACCUCUGGAGGUGCACAGGCAUAAAGCUUCAUUGAGUCGUGUCAAACUUGCCAUUAAGUAUGAAGUCAAAAAGUUUGUGGCUCACCCCAACUGCCAGCAGCAGCUUCUGACCAUCUGGUAUGAGAACCUGUCGGGCCUGCGGGAGCAGACCGUGGCCAUCAAGUGUCUGGUUGUGCUGGUUGUAGCCUUGGGCCUCCCGUUCCUCGCCAUCGGCUACUGGAUCGCACCUUGCAGCAGGCUGGGGAAAAUUCUGCGAAGCCCUUUUAUGAAGUUUGUGGCACAUGCUGCUUCUUUCAUCAUCUUCCUGGGCCUGCUUGUGUUCAAUGCCUCAGACAGGUUUGAAGGCAUCACCACGCUGCCAAAUAUCACCGUCAUUGACUACCCCAAACAGAUCUUCCGGGUAAAAACCACCCAGUUCACAUGGACUGAAAUGCUCAUUAUGGUCUGGGUUCUUGGGAUGAUGUGGUCUGAGUGCAAAGAGCUGUGGCUGGAAGGACCGAGGGAGUACAUUUUGCAGUUGUGGAACGUGCUCGACUUUGGGAUGCUCUCCAUUUUCAUUGCUGCAUUCACGGCCAGGUUUCUAGCUUUCCUUCAGGCGACAAAAGCACAGCAGUAUGUGGACAGCUACGUCCAGGAGAGCGACCUCAGUGAAGUUACCCUCCCGCCAGAGAUACAGUAUUUCACCUAUGCUAGAGAUAAAUGGCUCCCUUCUGACCCUCAGAUCAUUUCUGAAGGCCUUUAUGCCAUAGCUGUUGUGCUCAGCUUCUCUCGGAUCGCAUACAUCCUCCCUGCAAAUGAGAGCUUUGGCCCCUUACAGAUCUCUCUCGGAAGGACUGUGAAGGACAUAUUUAAGUUCAUGGUCCUCUUUAUUAUGGUGUUUCUGGCUUUUAUGAUUGGCAUGUUCAUACUUUAUUCUUACUACCUUGGGGCUAAAGUAAAUCCUGCUUUUACCACUGUGGAAGAAAGUUUUAAGACGUUGUUUUGGUCAAUAUUUGGGUUGUCUGAAGUGACUUCUGUUGUGCUCAAAUACGAUCACAAAUUCAUAGAGAAUAUCGGAUAUGUUCUUUAUGGAAUAUACAAUGUAACUAUGGUGGUUGUUUUACUCAACAUGCUAAUUGCUAUGAUUAAUAGCUCCUAUCAAGAAAUUGAGGAUGACAGUGACGUAGAGUGGAAGUUUGCCCGUUCAAAACUUUGGUUGUCUUAUUUUGAUGAUGGGAAAACAUUACCUCCACCUUUCAGUCUAGUUCCUAGUCCAAAAUCAUUUGUUUAUUUCAUCAUGCGAAUCAUUAACUUUUCUAAAUGCAGAAGGAGAAGGCUACAGAAGGAUCUAGAAAUGGGAAUCGGUAACUCCAAAUCCAGGUUUACAAAGUGCUUUGCUGUUCAUUUGAACCUCAUGCAACACUGUGAGUUAAACCUCUUCACUCAGUCUAACUCAAGAGUUUUUGAAUCACACAGUUUUAACAGCAUUCUCAACCAGCCAACACGUUAUCAGCAGAUAAUGAAAAGACUUAUAAAACGAUAUGUUUUGAAAGCACAAGUAGACAAAGAAAAUGAUGAAGUUAAUGAAGGUGAAUUGAAAGAAAUCAAGCAAGAUAUCUCCAGCCUGCGUUAUGAACUUUUGGAAGACAAGAGCCAAGCAACUGAGGAAUUAGCCAUUCUCAUUCAUAAACUCAGUGAGAAACUGAAUCCCAGCAUGCUGAGAUGUGAAUGAUGCACCCACCUGGAAUCAUGGCUUUGACUAUAGCACAAAUGUUGGCAAUAAUAUUUCUAAGUAUGAAAUACUUGAAAAACGAUGGUGUAAAGUUUUAGCGUUAACUACCUUUAUCAUGUGAAUCUUUAAAAGUUAGGUCUUAAUGAUUUUCUUGUUUUAUCACAUGAAAAUGCAUUUAAUUGUCUGCCUUGACAUUGCAAACAAUGCCAUACCAUUGUAUUUAAAAGCCCAAUAUUGCCUACAUCUCUGAUGUUUUUGUUCAUUUUAGAUAUCAUGUAAUUCUUUGCACUACCUGUUUGCCUCCAAGAGACUAUAAAGUCCUUGGGACAGGGACCAUGUCUUAUUCAUCUUUGUGUCUCCAGCAUCUAGGACAGUGCCUGGUACAUAGUAGGUGCUCAAUAAAUGUUGUUGAAACCAACUGAACUGCCAAUAAAAUAUAAAUAAAAAUAAAGAGUCAUCACUAUGUAGCAUAUCUUCCCUUGUCCAAGUGCUGAAAGAUUUUUUUUUUUAAUAUAGAAACUGAAGAAAUUUUACAACCAGCCACAACUAGGUGAGAUUUUCUUGGAAUUUUAGCAUCAAUGAUAAUCCUAGAACCAAUGAGCCAAGUAAAGAAUUUAACAAGAAAUGAAUUAGAAAAUAUAAUGACAUAUUUAAGUUUCAUAGAAUUAUUCAAAACAACACAUUAAAAUUUUUUCUAAAAUAUAUACUGUUUGCUUUCUGUGUUAGACUUCCAUUUGUUGUUUUGUUGUUUUUGAGUAAUGUAAAUUUUGUCAGUGGGUGGUGAGGGUUUUUUUAAGUUGGGUGUUAUGCAAAGUUGUAUUCUGUAAUAACCUCCUAACAUCUGCCUCUGAUAUUUUAAUAAACAAAAUAAGAGAAAAGACUGACUUCAUAUCUUGCCCAUUAGUUUUGGGCAAGAGUUUUGAGGAUUUGCUCAUGGGAAGAAGUAGAAAAGAGCAGUGACUGUCUAGAAAGACAUGGCCAGGCAACACCAGGUCUGUUCUGCUUCCUUUUGAGGCCUCUCUCGCCAUCAUCAAAGAUAAUUACUGACAUCUUUUUUCUUAUAAAAGGGUUCCAAUUCCACUUUCUGCACAGAGUGGUCUGUACUGUGUCUGAAUUUGACUGACUACAUGACUGAACUGAAUACUGGUAACUACAACACCUCAUGAUGUUAAUAGGAAAGGACUUUAACACUGUAAAGAGCUUUAGCAGUCUUAAAAACCGUGAUACUUCAAAAUAGUUAGGUUCACACCAGGAAGGCUUUCCAGAUAUUUCAAAGGUAAAAUUGAAUGUUAAAUGGAACUACAUAAAGUUCUUUAAAAAUUACUUCUGAAUCUCUAAUUUUUUGAGAGUCAAAAAUUUAAAACUUUAUACAUCUUUUGCUACCAUUAUAAAAUAUUUCAUUAGCUUUUGUGCUAUGCUAAUACUAUUUGAAACACUUUUCAAAUUUAAUGUAUUUCAUGUUAUGCCUCUGAACUGAAUAAAAUAUUGAAUUUUUCCA